UCUGUUAUGUUGAGAGCUUGUUUGUUCUGCAUCUGGUGAUGGGCUCAAAGUAGAGAAGAUGGGCAAGAACAAGGUCAAAAAAGAGUUACCUUGGAACAACUAGCUCCCUUUCAGCCAAACCUUCCUCCUACCUCCGUCCAUCUCACUUCUGUUGCUCUCUAUUGUUCCGUCCUCCUUACCGUGACCCAUCCACAAAGUUACAAUGGAAAGGAAACUUCAAAACAAGAUGAAGAGGCUCAGCAGCUCAGACUCCCUUAAAGUGGAAGAAAUGGUUAAGGAUGAGGCAUUUCUUCUCGAUGGAAUGGAGGAGAUGGAGUGCGAGGAGGAGCUCCGCAGCAAUGGGCUGGGAGAGAAGAAGCGCCGACUAAGCAUGGAGCAAGCCAGAGCACUGGAGAAGAACUUCGAAGUGGAGAACAAGCUCGACCCCGCGAGGAAGCUGAGGCUGGCACAAGAUUUAGGCCUGCAGCCACGACAGGUGGCUGUCUGGUUCCAGAACCGCCGCUCUCGAUGGAAGACGAAGCAGGUCGAGCGCGACUACGGCAACCUCAAGGCUCAGCAUGAUGCCCUCAAGCUCGACUGUGAUGCCCUCCGCCACGACAAGGAGGCUCUUAUAGCCGAGGUGAGCAUGCAGAACUCGAGAUGUCGUCUCAAGUACUAUACAUGUGUUAUCACAUCCCUGGUGAACCAUUCAGAUCAGAGAUCUCAAAGCGAAGCUUUCAGCCUCUGAGA